AUGAUAGUGCUCGACAACUCCGAGUACAUGCGAAACGGCGACUACCCGCCGACGCGUUUCGGCGCGCAGAGCGACGCGGCAACGACCGUGUUCCGCACCAAGAUCGACUCGAACCAGGAGAACACUGUCGGCGUUAUGACCAUGGCGGGCAAGGGACCGGAGGUACUGGUAACGCACACGAAAGAGAUCGGCGAGAUGCUCUCAGCUUUACACGACGCCAGCCUCAAAAUCGCCGGCCAGCCCUCGCUCCAAAACGCCGUCGCCAUCGCCCAGCUCGCGCUCAAGCACCGACAGAACAAAAACCUGCGCCAGCGCGUGCUGGUGUUCAUCGGGAGCCCGCUGCCCGAGGCCGGGCCCGAGGCCGAGCGCGCGCUGGUAAGGCUCGCGAAGAAGCUCAAGAAGAACAAUGUGGCUGUGGAUGUUGUCGCGUAUGGGGACGGGAUCGAGGAGGCGGGCGAGGGCGGGAGGAGUAUUUUGAAGAGUUUUGUGGAUGCGGCUAGUAGUUCGGAUAACUCGCAUUAUAUCGCCGUACCCGCAGGAACACAUCUAUUGUCAGACGCCGUCAUCUCGUCCGCCAUCCUUGCCGCCGAUCGCAAUAUUCCGGAAGAAGCUAUGGGUGACGCCGGCGCAGGAGGAUCAGGAGGCGGCGCCAACUUCGAGUUUGGCGUUGAUCCUACUUUGGAUCCUGAACUUGCCAUGGCUCUGCGUAUGUCCAUGGAGGAAGAAGCCGCACGACAAGCAGCCGCAAACGCCACCACCAACGCACCCGCCGCAUCUGCCUCCGCACCAGCACCAGCAGCACCCGCCGCAGCACAGGAGACGCAGCCUGCACCAGCAACGGACGACGAAGAAGAGGCGAUGUUGCAACAGGCCCUCGCUCUGUCUGAAGGCCAACAAGCCGGCGACGAUGUUGAGAUGGGUGAGGGCGGCGAGGACGAGGAGCUCACGGAGGAAGAGAUGAUUGCACGGGCGAUCGAGAUGAGUAUGCAGGGCGAGGAGGAGGGCGCUAAGAAGUAG